AUGGCGUCCGACGGCGAUAUGGCUAGUCGCUACCAGGUGAUGGAAGAGCUAGGCAGUGGCAGCUUUGGCACGGUGUACAAGGGUAUUGAGAAGUCGACUGGGGAGAUAGUGGCUAUUAAACAUAUUGACCUCGAGUCGAGCGAAGACGAUAUUGCCGAAAUCCAGCAAGAAAUAUCGGUCCUGGCCGCUUGUGCAAGCCCAUUCGUUACUCAGUAUAAAGCCAGUUUUCUCCGCGGCCACAAAUUAUGGAUUGUCAUGGAAUACCUCGGGGGUGGUUCGUGCUUGGAUCUGAUGAAACCGGGAAAUUUUAGUGAAGCGCAAAUCGCUAUUGUCUGCCGUGAACUGUUGUUAGGAUUGGACUAUCUCCAUCGGGAAGGAAAGAUACACCGAGACAUUAAAGCAGCGAACGUCCUUCUAUCUGAAUCGGGAAAGGUGAAGUUGGCGGAUUUCGGCGUGGCUGCGCAAUUAUCCAAUAUCAAAUCACAAAGGAACACCUUCGUUGGUACCCCUUUCUGGAUGGCCCCGGAAGUGAUUCAGCAGGCUGGGUACGACUUCAAAGCAGACAUUUGGUCAUUGGGAAUAACUGCAAUGGAACUCGCAAACGGAGAGCCACCACAUGCUAGCACCCACCCAAUGAAAGUUCUGUUCCAUAUACCCAAAGCUCCAGCUCCACGUCUCGAAGGUAACGAAUUCAGCCAAACAUUCAAGGACUUUGUUGCGCAGUGUUUGGUGAAGGAUCCCGAUCGACGAUACACCGCGAAGGAAUUGUUGAAACACAAGUUCGUCCGCAAUGCAGGAAAAACAGAAACUCUACAAGAGAUAAUUCAACGAAAGCAAGACUGGGACAACGGCAAGGGACAUCCGGAUGAUACGAGAUACUACGCCGAGACUCUGACCACGUUCUCAUCAAAUGAGGAAGACGACGAUGGAUGGGUGUUUGAUACAGUAAAGGCAUCCACGGUCAAGAGGCCAGUCAUCGCCGAGGACUUUUGUGAAGAUCCUUUUGUCAAGACCGAAGAGAUGAAGUCAAUGCCCAGACCUGUCGCCAAUUCUACCGUCAGACGAACGCCUGUCGCCGAACGAUCCCCAUCCGUCAAGCGAUCGAACACGAAACGUCGAUCCAGCGGCGUCAAACAUCCGCUUGGUCUCAACUUGAGCUACGGAAAUAGCCCGUCUACAGUGCGUCAAUUUCGCCGAGUCUCGGACAAAGGGAACAAUGAUCAGGCGCAACACUAUAACUACCCUCCGGGGUUAGAUGAGAAUGUGGCCGCUAAGACAUUGUUCACUGAUCCCGUUCCGAACAGCAAGGAGGCUCAGUUAGGACGAAGGGCAUAUAGCAGAGGCAUUGGCCUUGCUUGCCAGGAAAUCCUGGCCAACACUGGUGACCAGGAGAAGCGAGAGGCAAUCUCUCGGUUAGCAGAGGCGUUUAGUGACCUCGAAAUGGUCGACCCGGAAGGAUUAUAUCAUAUCUUGAAGCUAUCAAAUGAAAAGAUGAGAGCUGAUUCGAAGCUCUCUGCUCUCCUACCCGAACCAACCCCGACGACUCCUCAGAAGCAAAAACUCGUUUUGGCCCAGAACAAUCCUCACCUCAAGAGCCACCGCCGCCGCCAAUCAGAACAAAUCCAGGUUGAACAUAUAGGCAGCCCGCAGUUGUCAAGCAGCAUGCCCGGACAGCACGUUCCAGGAAUGGAACAUACGAAGCAACUUGCCGAUGUUCUCUAUCAACGAUGGAGUGAAGGUCUCCGCAACCGAUGGCCGGCCAUCUAA